AUGGAGACUGGAGCUGUCUUACUGCAGGUCCCUGAGAGCAAGGCCAGGAGAGCUCCCGAGGAUGAUGGUGGGAAUGGGAGUGUGGAUGGUGAUGCCACAAGCAGGAACCCCUUUACAGGGCUGGUGAGCCACCUGCGAGUCUGGCUUUCUGGGAAGACUCGACCCAUAGAAUACCGUGUGGCCCAGCUGGAGGCCCUGGGACGCUUCCUGGAUGACAAGAAGCAGCAGAUCCUGGAGGCCACUGCCUCUGAUUUGGGCAAGGCACCCUUUGAAGCUGAAUUAUCUGAGAUCCUGCUGUGCAAGAACGAGCUCCAUGAGACCCUGAACAAUCUGUCCCACUGGAUGAAGGACGAGCAGGUGGACAGGACUCUGGUGAUGCAGCUGGACUCUGCCUUCAUCCGCAAGGACCCCUACGGGGUGGUGCUCAUCAUAGCACCCUGGAACUACCCCAUCCAACUCUUCCUGGUGCCCCUCAUUGGGGCCAUCGCUGCUGGGAACUGUGUCAUUGUCAAACCCUCGGAGGUGUCCAAGAAGACAGAAAGACUUGUGGCAGAAGCACUGCCUGGCUACCUGGACAAGGAUUGCUUUGCUGUGGUGACCGGUGGUGUGCAGGAGACUACCAGGCUGCUGGAGAACAAGUUUGACUACAUCUUCUUCACUGGCAGCCCCCCAGUGGGGCGGAUCAUAAUGACAGCCGCUGCCAAGCACCUGACACCGGUGACGCUGGAGCUGGGGGGCAAGAACCCCUGCUACGUGUCCGACACCUGCGAUGUGACCAAUGUGGCACGGCGUGUGGCCUGGGGCCGCUUCUUCAACGCGGGGCAGACCUGCAUCGCGCCAGACUACCUGCUCUGCACCAUAGAGAUGCAGGAGAAGCUGCUCCCAGCCCUGCGUAAGGCCAUCAGUGAUUUCUAUGGCCCCAACCCCCAAGAAUCCCCGGAUUUCGGCCGCAUUGUGAGUGACAAGCAGUUCCAGCGGGUGCAGAGGCUGCUGGGCAGCGGGUGCGUGGCCAUCGGGGGACAGACGGACGAGGCAGAGCGCUACAUUGCUCCCACGGUGCUGGUGGAUGUGCAGCCCUCGGAUCCCGUCAUGCAGGAGGAGAUCUUUGGGCCUAUCCUGCCCAUUGUCAUCAUCACCAACAUGGAUGAAGCCAUUGAUUUCAUCAACAGCCAGGAGAGGCCCUUGGUUGUCUAUGCCUUCUCCUCCAGUGACAAGGUGGUGAAGCAGGUCCUGAGGCGGACAAGCAGUGGUGGCUUCUGUGGCAAUGACACCCUGAUGCAUGUGACACUGCCCUCACUGCCCUUUGGAGGCAUUGGGAACAGCGGCCUGGGAUUGCACCAUGGGAAGUUCAGCUUUGACACCUUCUCCCACCACCGUGGGUGCCUGAAGCGUGGGAUGGGUCGGGAGUCCCUGAAUGCCCCACGCUACCCCCCGUACUGCAAGAAGAAAUAUGGGGUCAUCCAGGCCACUUCCAAGGUGACACGAAAGAGUGACUGCACCCUGCUCUGA